GUAAAUGUGUUAGUGAACACGUAAAAACAUUCGUACUGUAUGUAUAAUUGAAUUACAUCCUAACAAUUGUAUUCAUUUAUUUAAAAAUUCUAAGGAACUAAACAUUUACAAAAGUAUUAUUUAACUUAACGUGAUAUUGUAAAUUACUAAAAUGUGAAAAAAUUUAUUCUUAUCCUUAUCAGUGCAUUUAGAUAUCAUAUUAUUUCAUAAAAAUACUAAAACAUUGGUUGCACUUAUUUAUUAGGUGAAAAAAGUAUUAAAGAGGAUGCUCAAACUACGUAGAAUAAAUGAUGAUAACUAUAAAUAUUUAUAUCUCAAAUAAAGAAAAGAAAUGUGGACAAUGAGCAUGGAUAUGUCUCGAGAUGAAUGCAUUAAAUGUUUGCGAUGUUUAGAGCUCGAUGCAUAUGGGAAUAUGGUAUCGGUUUUACGAGCACAAGGACCAUUUACAGAAGAUAAAAAAAGACUGCUAGACGAAUUAGCAAAAGUUCUUCAUAUUUCUAAUGAAAGACAUCGUGCUGAAGUCAGGAGAGCUGUGAAUGAUGAGAAAUUAUCAUUUAUAGCUGAACAAUUGAAUGGUCCAAACACGUGGACCGAUUGGGCAAUAGAAGGAAGAAGAACCAUACCUUUACUUCCUAGACUCGAAGCUCGAACGGCAUUUACGGAAUUAGCCAAUAGUCUGUCGUUAGUCAUAGCAGCGGCUAAUGAAAAGAAAGCUCCAGUGAAUGAAAAACAUACUGAGUCAAUACUCAAUUCAAAUAAAAUCAUUAAAAAUGAAACGGAUUCUUUUAAAGAAUCAAAUAUAGAAGAAAAUUUACCACCUAAAAAUAUAUUGUCUAAUCCUCCAAGAAGUACUCGAGGUAGAAAAAGAAAAAGACCACCAGAUUCAAUAGAUAUUACUGCCAAUAGUAAAAUAUAUCCGAAUAAUAAAGUUAGUAAAAUUGAUGAUAAUGAUGAAAUAAGUUAUCAUCAUCAAAAUAUACCGUCCCCACUGCCUAACAAUUGGUUAAGGAAAAUAUCAGAAAAAGAUUCUGUUACUUGUACAGAAACUACAGUUAAAGAUUCGAUUAAUGAAGCUGACUAUGUAAGUGAUAAUGUAUGUUCAGUUUCGGUUAACAACAAAUAUCGAAAUUAUAGUACUAGCUCAAAAUAUUUGAAGAAUAAUAGCGACACAAUACCUCAAACAAAUAUCACUGCCAUUGAUGUCAAAUUAGAUACCUAUUUACAGCCAGAUUACCGGAUAGAUAUUCCUAACAAUGAUACAGAAGUUUUUAAUAAUCAAAUAACUAGAAAACAAUUAAAUAAUCCGAAUGUAAUAUCUUCUGAAAAUACUCAAAGUAAUUCAAUGAAAAUAAUAGAAAAAUUACCGAAUGUAUCACAAUGUCGACCCACAAAUUCGAUUGUAAGUAAUACUAAACAAGAAACGAUUAUAAAUUCAAUAGACAAAGUAGUUUCAAGUGGUCCAGGGCCUCCAAUACAAAUUAAUUCGCCGGUGAUGGCAUACAAAAAAUUACCUCGUGAAAAUUUUAAUCAUCAAUCCAUGACAAAGGAAAUAAAAGUCAAUUCAAAUAAUACAAUAGAUGUUAAUACAUUUACAAAUUCAAAAUUCAGUAAUAAAGGGAAUGUAAUUGUCGUACAAAAAGUACCUUCGCAAAGUGUUACGAUAUCUCGAGCAGGAAAAGAAGUAUUAGGAAAAGUAAUUAUGGAUAGCAAAAAUUUGUAUCUUAAUAAAACAGAAACUACAUCAUUGACAUUACUACCACAUAAAUCAUUAUCGAAUAAUAGUGAUCAAAUAGUUAAUUUGAUGCCAAUGUUAAAUGUAAAUUCAUCUCACGUAGAAGUUGUUAAAUCAAACGUUAAUUCAAGCAAUAUAGUUAUGUUUGACAUACAACAGGAUGUACCUGAAAAAACUAAUUCACUAACCAUUUCUCAUACAAACUCAGAAAUAGCUGUUAAUUCAAAUACUAAGACUGUUCCAUCCGAUAUGGAUACUGAUCAUAUAAUAGAAGAUUAUCACGAAGAACGUUUAAGUCCUUCUCCAGAAAAUUUAGAUAUUAUUUUUACGGAUACUAAUGCAAGUUGCGAAGAAAACGAAACUAACGAUACAUGCUUAGAAGAUGGUUUAGAAAUUCAAUCUUUAGAAAAUCCAAUCAAAAGGGACUCUUCAUAUAAUGAAAUAGUUAUGAUAGCUGAAUCUGAUGCUGAUGAAGAGCAACAAGAAAUACUAGAUGUUCAAACAGAAAUAUAUAACUUUGAAACUAACGAAGAAAACGUUUGUGAAAUUCAAAUUGAAGAAACGAUACCUGAAACAACUGUUCAACCGUACCCUACGUCUCUUAAUUCUGCAAAUAUUCAUAUGGAGGAUUAUAAUUACAUUGAAACGGAAGAAGAAACUGUCAUAAUACAAGCAGAUGAAGAAGAAAUAAUAACCUCUAUGGGUGAAGAGCUCAAUGAGAUACACCAUUCUGAAUAAAUGACAAAAUAAAUUGUUGAUUAAUUUAUGAAAAAAAGAUAAAUUGAUCAAAUAUUAUUUAUAUACAAUCAAUAUGUAUAUAUUAUAUCUUUUAUACUUGUAUAGAUAGAUAAAACUGCAAUUUUUUACAUUUAUGGCGAUUUUGUGUUUUACUUAGUUAAAAAUAUAAAGACUUUCAUAGUUGAUAUUUUGAUCAAUAUUAAACUAGUUUAAUAUUUAUUUAAUAUUUUUCAAGAAAAGUCAUUUCUGGAAGAGUUUAUAGUAAAACUUAACAUUUGUACAGGAAAU